CGGGAAACGAAGGCAUUGACCGCGAGCAGGUGGAAGUCAAAUUGCACGAGACAAGAGUCAACUGAAAGCCCUAAUGACAGUGAGCUAAAAAUGCUGGCGUCUGCUACUACCAAAGAAAAUCCUGAACAUGAAUCAAAUGAAAAUGUCUCAGAGCAAACUGGACUUAUGGAUGACAAUUUGGAGAGGAAAAAUCAUCCUGAUGAGCCAAAAAUGACAGCCCCUUCUACUGUCAAUGAAACUCGUGAUAAUAGAACAAAGAACAAUGGUUUAAACUCACAUCAAGUGGGAUCUAAAGAACUCUCAAGUGAGAGAAUGGUACCUGGAGAGAGAACUACAUGGGUAUCACCACUGACUUCUUCUAGAAGAAGCACAUAUAUUUAUACAUUUGGAUCAGGGAUAAUCAUCGGUAUCGCUUUCACCAUUCUAGUACUUGCUCUAAUGCCACAGAAGUUGCCAGCAUGCCCAUCCUGUCCAUCUUGCCCCAAAGACUGGAUCACAUGGAGAGGGAAAUGCUACUAUUUCUCCGAUGACGAAAAAACCUGGAAUUCCAGCCAGAACAGUUGCAGUCAUCAUGGUGCCUCCUUGUUUGUCCCUGGUCUUGAGAAAGAACUGGUAAGAGAAUGAUUCACACUGUAUGUAUGCAUGGGACAGUAUCUUGUGGCAAGGCAAGAUACUGUAGUGCUUGUAAAUAAAAAACCUGUGUGUUGAUGACAUUUA